AUGGAUCCCACCGACAGCGACGCUUCAACGAUACUAACGGACUACCCAGCAUCGAGUGCUUCCAGACCAUCAUCAGCCUCGUCCGUUCCGUCCUUGGCAUUGUCGUUUGACGGCCGACCAAAGCCGUUGCUUCCAGGCGCUGCUACCUCUGUGCACUUUGAGAUCUGUGAUACUCCUACCGCUGGACGUGCCGUCUUCGCCACCAAAGAUAUCGUCGCAAAUACUCUGCUAUGGCGCUCAGACGACCUCACAGUUUCGUCUCUUCUACAAGAGUACAGGCGUGAAGUCUGCGGACAGUGCUUUGGGUACAACUACGGUAGAGACUUGGGUAUACAAGACCACACCGUUGGUUUUGCAUUUUGCUCAAGUGAAUGUCAAAAAGCUUGGCAGAAAGAGAAUGGUGAGGUAGGUGUCCAGGCCUGGGCCGAGGUGAAGAAGUUGGUCAAGAAGAAGAAUAGAGAAGACAACGAAAUGGUGGACAUUGAUUUGCCACGACCGACGCCAGAGGAGAUUACGCAAGCAUGGGAGAAUACCAAGGCGCAGGCGGAUCUGAUACUAACGUUCAGAAUGGCGGAAGUGGUCGGCGAUGCCAGGGACACAGGCGGGCUGCAGACCUCAGCACUGAACGGCAACGGCGGCGAGUCGAUCACAAAACGACAUCGGAAAGCCGUCCAGAAAGCACUUCAACAGCCUGUUCGUGCAGACGUCAUGGGCUUCUGCGUCAGUGGCAUCAUUGCCCAGUACGAGAAUCCCCAGAAGUGGAAGCACCUGCUCUCGCUAGCAGUGGACUCAACGCCAUACUCCAGCGCUGACGACUUACACGCCUUCACUCGCACCUAUCUGCAUCUCCUUGCAAUCCUUCCCCUACCUCUGCUUCCCUUCACCACGCCAGAGUUGCUCUUACUUCUCUCCUCGCGUGAUAGCCACAACGCGUUCGGCAUACGCUCCUUGGAAGAUGAGGGAUCUGAGCUCUUUGGUUACGGUUGCUGGCCCGCAGCGAGCUACUUCAACCAUUCAUGUGGCCCGAACGUUGAGAAAAGGAGGGAGGGCAGGGCGUGGGAAUUUAGGGCAGCAAGGGAUGUCAGGAAGGGAGAGCAACUGUGCAUCACUUACCUCGGCGGGGAGGAGAAGAAAAUGUCAAGAGACGAGAGGAUGCUGACAUUGAGAAGGAAUUGGGGCUUCGAGUGUGCGUGCAAGAGGUGUGAAGAAGGAGCUGUAGUCAGUGCCAUAUGA